AUGGAAACAGCAGAACCAGUUUCAUACGAGUUCACCGGCCAUACAAUGGGUUCAAUGGCUCCUCGUCGGUUACUGCACGCGGGCCUUGGGUCAAACUUCUCUUAUUACAAUAACCCGACUUCCUCCUUUCCUUUGCCCUAUCACCAAUCGUCUUCCGCGCCGUAUGGUUUCAGUCAUACGAUAAACCAGCACCCUCAUCAACUCCCGGGCUAUCAACACUUCUAUCUUACCGGUCACCCAUCGCUCAGUUCGCAGCCAGUACGUCUCUCGUCUGAACCGCCAACCGUUCAACAGAUUCCCGACAUCCGCCCCGCGAAGAACGCCAUCAGUCGCACUGUGAGAAAGCCAUUAGCAAAGUUGGAACAGAGCGUAUCAUCGCAACCUGUUGCAGCGGCUCAACUGCCUGCCACUGGGGAUACCCAGGAGAAGGGCCCUGGCUCGGCUGAGAUUGAGUUCUCAACUGAGGUAGACAUCCUUAUGAAAGCUAUUCAAGCAAAAGCUGUCCCCCAACAGUCGGCUCUACAGUCGUUACCGCCGCUCCAACAGUUGACACACAGCGGUGAGAAUGGCUUCUCUCAGACCUUUGCCAUGGCCUCGUCGACUUCGCGAUGCAACAUGGCGGUUGAGGAGCUCGCUUCCCGGCCGGGAAAGAAACGCAAAUACAUAUGCCGAAUUCCCAACUGUGGGAAGAGCUUUGCCCAGAAGACUCAUUUGGAUAUCCACAUGAGGGCCCACACAGGGGAUAAGCCCUUUGUAUGCAAAGAGCCUUCGUGCGGACAGCGUUUCUCCCAACUGGGCAAUCUCAAGACACACCAACGACGCCAUACGGGCGAAAAGCCCUUCUCAUGUGAUAUCUGCCAGAAGCGAUUCGCCCAAAGAGGCAAUGUUCGUGCCCACAAGAUCACUCACCAACAUGCUAAGCCCUUCACUUGUCUACUCGAUGACUGUGGGAAACAGUUCACUCAGCUGGGUAACCUCAAGUCGCACCAAAACAAGUUCCACGCCGCUACGCUAAGGACCUUGACUCUCAAGUUUUCUCAAAUGUCCGAGGCACAUCUCAUGAACCCCCAGGAUCGCCAGCUUUGGGAAUACUUUGCCACCCUCUAUAAAAACAGCAACAAAGGCAUCAAGGGUCGUGGCAAGGAUCGGAGGAUCUCCCCCACGUCCAAGUCCAAUGACGGUUCUGCUGCGUGCACGCGAAUGCAAUCUUUCGAAAGUGAUGAGGACGUCAAGGUGUCACGCGGCAGUCGUGAAGCCUCGUCUGCCUAUACUGGCAGCUCCAGCGGAGAAGAAGAAGACCCCGAAACCUAUUACACCGAUAGAAGAGGUCAUUGA